CGCUUUCUCCUCAGCUCAAGAUUUGAAUUUCAGUGUUUCAAUAACUGAAUUGAUAACCUCCUCCUUCUCCAACUUCACCAGUCUCAAGAUACCAUCACAAUGAUCAAUCUCAUGAGACUCGUUAAGCUCACAAAAAAGUGGAAAAAACUAGCUGCGCCGGAGAGGAAAAGAAUUUCAAUACCAAGAAGCGGUGAAGAUGAAAACACAAACAACAAUGACAGGUUACCAGUGGCAAAUAAAGGCCAUUUUGUCGUCUACACUGUCGAUCAAAGGCGCUUCGAGUUCCCCAUCUCGUAUCUUAACAAUAACAUCUUUAGAGAACUCCUGGCAAUGUCUGAGGAAGAGUUUGGCUUGCCAAGAACUGGUCCUAUAACGUUGCUAUGUGAUGCAAUGUUCAUGAAAUAUGCAGCCUCCUUGAUGCAACGAAAUGUUGAUAAAGAUAUGGAGAAAGCAUUGCAUAUAGACAUAAGUAGUAGUGGUAGAUGCUCAUUGUCUUUUCAUUCGCUACUCCAAGAACAAAGUAGCCAGCAAUUACUGGUUUGCUGAAUUUUUGUACAUGACCAAAGACAUAGUUGUAGUUAAUAUUAAUAUACUACUUCAUCAGAAUUCCCAUCAA